GUCGCCGCGUCAAUUUUUCAUUGAACUGCGCUGAGAAAACGUGUGUGCCGAGUUGUGAGACGGAAAAUUGUUAAAUUUAAGCUAAAACGUUGAUACAUAUAUAGAUAAAUUUGAACUGGAAACUAGCAUUGUUCUGCAGUUGCAAGUAAAGAGAGAGAACAAGAAAUAGAAAAUACACAUUAGGCAACGAAGUCUAACCGAAUAGUUCAAAGAAAACCAAUCAAAAGCAAUUUAAACGCAUCGCGAAGCAGCGGGAAGGAAAAAUGUCUGUGAUUGGCAUCGAUUUUGGUAAUGAGAGCUGCUAUGUUGCGGCCGCCAGAUCUGGAGGCAUUGAGACUCUAGCCAAUGACUACAGUCUGCGUGCAACGCCCUCCUUUGUGGCUUUCGAUGGCAAGAAGCGCAUUAUUGGUGUCGCCGCCAAGAAUCAACAGGUGACCAACAUGAAAAACACAGUUGGCGGCUUUAAGCGUCUGCUCGGCCGUAAAUUCAACGAUCCACAUGUGGAACGUGAGCUCCAGAGCAUUCCAGCACGCGUAGAGGCGCGCAACGAUGGUAGCAUUGGCAUCAAGGUCAACUAUCUGCAUGAGGAUCAAUAUUUCUCGCCUGAACAAUUGACUGCCAUGCUGUUUACCAAGCUAAAGGAGACCUCGGCACAGGCCAUGCAAACUCAGGUUAAUGAUUGUGUCAUUGCCUGUCCAGUUUUCUUCACCAAUGCCGAGCGUCGUGCUCUGCUCGAUGCAGCACAAAUCGCCGGCCUAAAUGUGCUACGUUUGAUGAAUGAGACAACGGCCACGGCAUUAGCAUAUGGUUUCUACAAGAACGAUCUAUUUGAGGAUAAGCCACGCAAUGUCAUCUUCAUCGAUUGCGGCCACGCGGCACUGCAGGUCAGUGCGUGUGCAUUCACCAAGGGAAAGCUUAAAAUGCUCGCCAGCACAUGGGCACAGAUUGGUGGACGUGAUUUUGAUUUAGCUAUGGCAGAAUACUUCAGCAAGGAGUUCCUCGACCGCUACAAGAUUAAUUCUAAGAAAAAUCCACGCGCCCAUUUACGCCUGCUAACUGAAAUCGAAAAGCUUAAAAAGCAAAUGUCAGCAAACAGCACAAAACUGCCGCUUAACAUUGAAUGUUUCAUGGAAGAUGUGGAUGUGACAUCAUCCAUGCAGCGCUCCCAUAUGGAGGAGCUUUGCGCUCCGUUGCUGCAACGUGUGGAGCAAACGUUCAAGAAAUUGCUUGUUGAAUCCAAGCUGCAAUUGGAUGACAUCAACUCUGUUGAGAUUGUGGGCGGCAGCUCCCGCAUACCGGCCAUUAAGCAGCUGAUUGAACAGGUCUUCAACAAACCGGCCAGCACCACACUUAAUCAAGAUGAGGCUGUUUCUCGCGGUGCUGCUCUGCAAUGCGCCAUCAUGUCGCCUGCAGUGCGCGUGCGCGAAUUUGGUGUUGUUGACAUACAAAACUAUGCCGUGAAGGUUUUGUGGGACAAUGAGGGUUCGGCUACGCCUGGAGAAAUUGAAAUAUUUUCGCAGUUCCAUCCAUCACCGUUUAGCCGUCUCUUGACCAUCAACCGCAAGGGUCCAUUCAAUGUGUCCGUCUUAUAUGCCCAGCCGGUGCCAUAUCCGGACCAAAUGAUUGGCGUUUGGAAGAUUAAGGAUGUGAAGCCCAAUGAGCGCGGCGAGGGUCAGGAGGUUAAGCUUAAGGUUCGCAUUAAUAACAACGGCAUUGUACUCAUCUCGUCAGCCACGCUGGUGGAGAAGAAGGAGUUGGAGGAGGCUGCCGCUGCAGCAGAACAAGCAGCCAAUUCUGUCGGCUCUACAAGCAGCGAUGAAAAGAUCAACGAACAACAGGCAGCAAACAAUGCUGGCGAGCCAACAGAUGCUCAGCAGGAGGCAUAUUGUGAGAAUGAAGAUGAUAAUAAUGCAUCAACAGCCUCAUCACCUGGAGGACAAGGGUGGGCUCAGCGGGUCAAGGGCUGGUUUGGUUCGGGCAACGACAAAAAGAAAAAAUCCGCAAAGGCUACCGAACUGCCCAUGGAGGUGACCACACAUGGCUUUGCACCAGCCGACCUGAGCAACUUGACCCAGCAGGAAAGCAAGAUGAUUUCCAAUGAUCAGAAGGAAACUGAACGCAUUGACGCUAAGAACGCUUUGGAGGAAUUUGUGUACGAUAUGCGUAACAAGUUGCAGGGCGGCGCCCUGGAGCGUUAUGUUGUGGAAUCGGAUCGUGAGGGCAUUGUCGCGCAGCUGAAUGAUCUUGAGAACUGGUUAUAUGAGGAGGGUGAGGAUUGUGAGCGUGAAACGUAUGUGAACCGCCUUCAGGGAUUGCAGCAACAAACCGAUUCCAUUAAGCAACGCGCCCACGAUUACGAACUUUGCCCGGCUGGUUUUGAGGAACUGAAGAUGGGCAUCGCCCAUGCCCGCCAGGCCGUGGCCGAUUUCCGUAAGGGUCUGCCCAAAUAUGAUCAUUUGACGGAAACUGAGUUCAUAAACAUUUCCGAGGCCGCGGACAAGGCGCAAAAAUGGCUGGAUGCCAAUUUAGGUAAAUUCUCACAGGCGCCACGCACCACGGACAGUCCCGUGCAGGUAUCUGCGCUGCGCCACGAAGUCCAGACACUGAACUCGAGUGUCAAUUCGGUCAUUAAUCGCGCGAAACCGAAGCCAGCAACCAAGGCGACACCGCCAAAGGAUUCCGAUGCUGCACAAAAUGGUGGCGAGCAGUCGAGCGGCGACAAAAUGGAUGUGGACAACAAUGCACAGAACCAAAAUAUGGGCGGAAACGGACCGACUGAUGCCGCCAUGGACGUGGAGUGAGCGCCGUUUAUGGGGGCGAUAUAGGGCGGCGUUUAAUGUUAGAUUAGUUGAGCGAUGCACGUAUAAAAUUCAUUUGUAUAUGCAAUUGCUUUUAAUUUCUUGCGAUGAACAGAAAAACAAAACACAAACAAAAACACUACACAUGUAAGCGAUUCAUUUGGAUUAGUGCAGGAGACGACAGAUAGUUAGAUGGACGGGAGGAAGAAAGGGAAGGCGAGAAAAACACAUUACUGUAUUUGCAGAACUUAAACCAAUUUCUAAUCGACCAUUUUUCAUGUAUUUGAUGAAUAACACCAACAAAAUACAACAAAGGACACUAAAUGAAUGGAAUUCAAAUAAUCAAAUAAAACAGAUUCCAAAAACUAAACUCAUCUA